AUGACCACCCCACGCCAGCCUCCACCAGCAUACACAGCUCCAAAGGACUCAACCGUCCAUGGAACAACCCAGAUUCAUAGGACUAUCUCCCAGACCGCAUCCAACCCCUCCGCGCGGGCUCUGGAGAGUUCAUUUACCAUCCGUCCCUGCUCGGCUCAGGCUUGGGUAGUGCCGGCCGGACAUAUCUGUCGCUUGACGACACCAAUUGGACCCCAGGUGGGGGAUCUCAAUAUCUGGAAUGCCAAAAACCCUCGCGAGCGAUUAUGGGCUGCACGCACGCGGCAGAUUCAUGCCUCGCAUGUCUCCGUGGGUGAUCGUCUCUGGUCCAACUUGCCAUAUUUGCGACCCCUUGUGACGAUCACCGGCGACUCGCUCGCGGGCGGACAGCUACAUGAGGUACUAGACGUUGAUGGGAGGCAGAAGGAGGGCAAGGGGUUUGGCACUUCGCGAUGGGGAGGGCGCGUCCAUGACCUCCUGGGUACCCGCUGCGAUCCAUAUGUCAACCUACUGAUGGGAGGAGAGCAAUUCGAUUUCCAUUGCCAUUCUAACCUUACUCGUGCUGUGUUACCGCACGGAUUGACCGAGCUGGAUGUGCACGACGUCCUCAAUGUUUUCCAAGUAACGGGCCUGGAUGAAAAUGCAAAGUACUUUAUGGAAACCUCACCGGCGAAACCUGGCGAGUAUUUUGAAUUCUUCGCCGAGGUCGACGUGCUCUGCGCUUUGUCUGCCUGUCCUGGAGGCGACCUCUCGAACUGGGGCUGGGAAGCGAAGGAGGAGGCUAUGGGUGCUACCACGCGCCCUCUGGGAGUGGAAGUUUAUAGGAUCACUGAGACCAAAGCUUUGGAGGGGUGGAAAGAGCCUGAAAGUCCUAGGUACACUGGGUUGCAUGGGUUGAACAUGCCUCCACGCGAAGACGAUGGAUCCGGCUUGGUUGGGCUUUGA